AACAUCAUUCAUCAAGAUAAUGAAAGCCCUUUGGAGGUUCUUCUGUCCUUGGAUGCCAUGCAAUCAUCAACUGGUACAUCUUCAAGGACUGGGAAGGCAAUCUCAUCAGUUCCCAAGAUGGAGGUUGGUGAGAUGUUGCAGUAGCAGCAGCAAGGAACCAGGGAGUUUCAUCUGGCCGGCAGCCAAGCGACAAGCCAGGCAGACUGUCCAUCAUGGACAAAAAUUGGUGGACCAUUACACAUGGAUGCAGGCUGGAUUAACACAGGAUGUUCAGAAUUACAUUGAUCAAGAAUCAAGGAUGGUGGAAACCUUGACUCACGAGACCCAGGACUUCCAGUCAUGGAUCAUGAGGCAGCUGGAAGAUUUAGAGAAUGAAAGUAAGACAACAGAAAUGCCAACAGUGAUGAAUGGAGUUGUUUAUUUCAGAAGAUUUGAGAGUGACUCCUGGCAUUAUUACAGAAGGCAGACCAUGGGGAACAGUAACACGGAUACUGCAGAGCAUAUUCUGGACACGGCUUCGCUUACGGAGUUGUAUGGCUAUCCUGUAGUCCUCUCAACCGUGACGAUAUCGCCUGAUCAGAACUACAUGGCAUUUGUAGUGGAAACGUCGGCAUCGGAUACCUAUGACGCCCACAUUUUUCAGCUUGGAAAGAAUGGAGCUGAAUUCGUUGACAGGCUGAACAAUAUUUUAUCUGUUGAAUUUGCCCACCAUGGUGUCUUGUACUACACCAGGAUGAAGGGUUUGAGAGCAGGCCACGUCUGGAAGCAUCAAGUUGGUCAAGACGUGUCCCAAGAUAAGAUGAUACUGGAGGAACCUGAUGAAAAAUACUUUGUGGACUUGUCCCAUACCAAAGACAGACGUUACAUCACUAUCAACCUCAACUCUACCACUACCUCAGAGGUGCAUCUGCUAGACAGCCUGGACCCAGACGCAGCUGCCAGUCUAGUAUGCCCCAGGCAGGCCGGGGUGCAGUACUUUGUGGAACAUUGCCAGGGUUUGCUGUAUGUUCUGACCAACGCCGGCGACGAUAAUGACGGAGAAUACAGACUAGUGGCCUGCCCAGUUUCAGAGCCAGGCAACCUGAGGAGUCUGACGUCGCCAGGCUGUCGCAUCAUUUACGCGCCGGGGAAGACCUGGCACAUACAGGACAUGGAUGUGUUUACAGAUCACUGCGUGCUCUGUGCAAUGGCAGGCACUUUGCCAAGGAUUGUUGUAAUACCAGCAGAUGCCAAGAAACGGCCAACAAUUGUUGAGGUUCCAAGGGAAUUCUGCCAGAUAACCCCUGGGCCCAAUGCAACUUGCGCUGCCCAUGACUUCCAGUUUUCCCUCUCGUCUCCUGUCCAUCCAACCACCAACUACUGUCAUGAAAUCAAGAACACAAGCUAUCUGAAGGUAAUACUCAAUAAUAGUGAAGAUGGAGAGGUCAAGAGGAGGUCAGGAGGCAGUGUCAAGAGGACUGUGGGAAGGAAGAUCUGUACGAGACUGGAGGCAGUAAGUAAGGAUGGUACACUGGUCCCCAUCACAGUAUUUCACAGCGACAACGUCAAGCCUUUAUCAGGCAGUAACCCCAUGCUGGUCUGCAGCUACGGUGCUUAUGGCGUAAGGCUAGACAUGAGCUACAAUCAGCAGACUGCGGUACUAGUGGAGCUUGGUUGGGUGGUAGCCUAUUGCCAUGUCAGAGGUGGUGGAGAUCUUGGAGUACAUUGGCAUCAUGCUGGCAGAGCCCUCAACAAAAUCAAGAGUUUUGAGGAUUUGGAGGCCUGCCUAUCUACUCUCCACCAAGCUGGUUACUCCCAGCCUACUUUGACUGCACUCCAUGGCAUCAGUGCUGGGGGCCUGCUAGUAGCAGCUGUCUGCAACCGAGCACCACAACUCAUCAAGGCUGCCGUAUUAGAGGUUCCAUACGUGGACGUUCUGUCUACCAUGCUGGAUCCCACUCUUCCCCUGACUCAACAAGAGACUGAGGAAUGGGGUGACCCGCUCAACGACCCGGAAGCCUUUGAUUACAUCAAGUCUUACUGUCCCUACCAGAACAUUGCAUGCCAGGACUACCCGUCAAUGUUGGUCACCACCUCCCUGGCCGAUACCAGGGUCCCUGUCUGGAUACCUCUGAAGUAUGUAGCCAAGCUGCGUCACAUGAUGUCUUCAUCAAGUCAUGUCCAUAAUUCUCUUCAUUUGUGGGUGCAUGAAGAGAGCGGCCACUUUGGGCAGUUCGGGGAGGCAGAUAUUUCUAAACAGGUUGCAGUCCAGAUAGCAUUCUUGUACACAUCUAUGGGACUCUGCAUGAACUGAAACGUUGCCAACCGUAACAGAGGAGGCCAGAACUUAGUCAUCAGAAGUCGUCACUGCAGCAUCGAGGGAGAUAUUGCGAUGAACUUCAAGAUACCAGGGCUGAGAUUGUGAGGAAGUAAAGUUAAGGUGUGAAAUUUGUCUGAGUUGUGGAUGCGAGCGUGCGGU